AUGGACGUAGCCAUCAAACGGCUACAAUUUGUGAAGCUCGGCUGCUUCGCUCAUACACUAAACCUCGCAGCACAAAGUCUGUACUCCAGCAGCUUGGUGGCUCAGUGGACUGCAAAGAUUCGUGCCAUCAUCGUCUGGAUGAAGAGGUCGUCAAUGGCAAAGGUGGUUCUACGAGAAAAGCAGGAUGUCCUAAAAGGGGAUUUCACCAAGGCAGAACACUUCAUCAGGCUGAUGCGAGUUCUUUACACCUGCACACUCUGUGUUUCCACCGAAAAAAGCCCAUCAGCUGGACAGAUCCUGCCGAUCAUCCAAAAGCUUGAGAAACACUUCGCCCCUUUAAAUGGAGACACAGCAUUUGUAGCGGACUUGAAGAACAGGGUCUGGAGAAACCUGUCUGCCCGGAACAAGUCAGCGCCAGCGGCAGUCCAUGACCAUGCAGAAGAGGUUAGUGUGACGCAGGGCGAGGGAAACCAGGAAGGUCUGAAGACUGACAGUGAAGAGGAAGAGGAGAAUCAGCCUCCUCCUUCCAAACAAUCCAAAAAGUCUCCACUGGAGGAGCUUUUUGCUGAAGAGGAUGCCAUGAAGAGGACCUCACAGGAGGGGGUGAUGUCUAUGGAAAGCCACCGGAGCGUGGAGGUGAAUGGAUCCGUCACAGAAGGCUCAGAGCUGACAGCGAACGGACGGGAAGCUUUCGGAAGUGUGAAAAACUGUGGACUGCAUCCUCCUCAGAUCGAUACAGGACUGAUCUGUGACCGAGUUGCGAUCUCGGCUCACAUCAAAGUCAGACGCAGAGGCAGCAGCCGUGAGAGAGAAAUGCACCUUCUCUAA